AUGUGUCAACACCACCAAACCCAGCCCGAUGAUGCGCAAUCUCAACAUCCACCAGUCAGACCGGUCUACAAUGAUGCUUUUCCGUGGCAUCUCGGCGCCUUUGACGCGCACUGCCAUCCAACUGACACCAUGGCUUCUCUCGCCUCUCUCGCCACUCUGCGCACCCGAGUCCUGGCCAUCAUGGCCACUCGCUCCCAGGACCAGCAACUCGUGGCAGAGGUAGCAGCCGAGCAUGGCAUUACAGAUUCACUCUCCAGCUUGACAUCAACUUCGGAUACCGAUUCAGCCCGCAGAGGAUGCAAAGUCGUUCCAGCCUUUGGAUGGCAUCCCUGGUUCUCCUACCAGCUAUAUGACGACUCCAUUCCCAAUCCUACAUACAGCCUCCCCAGCACCGAGGAUUCCAAUACUUCUACUGAAGAGGAUGCCAAAAUCGCUCAUUACAAAGCCGUUCUCACUCCCUCUCCCCAAGAUCCCUCUUUCCUCUCUUCUCUACCCACCCCAACCCCCUUAUCAUCCCUUAUAUCAUCCACUCGCCAAUACCUCACUUCUUUCCCUUUUGCUCUUGUCGGCGAAAUUGGCCUCGACAAGGGCUUUCGUCUUCCUCAACAGCGCCUCCCCGACGAUGAUUCCUCUAGAGAUGAGAGUCUCACUCCCGGCGGACGCGAGGGCCGACUCCUCAGCCCGUUUCGCGUACAAAUGCAACACCAGCAAGCCAUCAUGCAGGCGCAAUUGCGGCUAGCAGGAGAAAUGGGCAGAGCCGUCAGUGUGCAUGGCGUACAAGCUCACGGCGUCUUGUAUGACACAAUAGCGGCUUGCUGGAAAGGCCACGAGAAGAAAGUCUUAUCCCGUAGAGAGAAAAAGAGGAUCGCCCCCGGCGCCGAGGAAAGCUCAUCCUCUUCUGAUGACGAGGACUCCUCUUCCGAAAAUGACGACAGCAUGCGCAGCAAGGAGAAGAGAGCAAAGAGGAAAAUCGGCGGAAAGCCUUUCCCGCCGCGGAUAUGUCUUCACUCCUACAGUGGCAGCGCCGACAUGCUGAAGCAGUGGCUCCAUCCCUCGGUCCCCUCGACCGUCUUCGUCUCCUUCUCCAUAGCCGUCAACAUGAGCACUGACGGGGGCAAGGCGAAGCUGGAGAGCGUCGUGCGCGCCCUGCCGGACGACAGGAUCCUCGUGGAGAGCGACCUGCACAUGGCGGGCGACGAGGCCGAGGGGCUGCUGGAAGACAUGUAUCGGCUGGUGUGUGAGAUUAAGGGGUGGGAUCUUGAGUACGGGGUUAAGACGAUAGGGGCAAACUUUGAGAAGUUUAUAUACGGAUAG